AUGUCCAAACCAACUAAAUAUCUCCUCCUUUCCCUCCCGACCUCUAUCGUCCCCUCGCACCACCGCGACGACGCCCUCGACGCUGUUUCGACCACCGUCUCCCCGGAUAAUGGCUCCGUAGCCUCCUUCCCAAUCCCGGAGUUCAAGAUCGGCACGCUAGAUGCCCUCGUCCAGCAAGCGGAUGAGCUGGCCAAGCUCGAGGCUUCGUGCCAGGGCGUCGUUGCCAAGGUCGGCGAUGCGUUGAAGAAUAUCCUUGAAGGUGACGAGACGCAGAUUGACCAGAUGAAGGUUGUCAACGAUAAGCCGGUUGAUCAGUACCUCCGUACUUUCCAAUGGAAUAAAGUCAAGUACAGGGCCGAUAAGUCCUUGGCAGAGCUGAUCGAUCUGCUACAAAAGGAAGGAGCCAGUAUCGACAACGAUAUCCGAUUCAAGUACUCCCAAUAUAACCAGGUCAAGAACACGCUGUCUACGCUGCAGCGGAAACAAACAGGCAACCUCUCAACUAAGUCCCUCGCCUCGGUGAUCGACCCGAAAUCAAUCAUCCAGAACUCCGAAUACAUCGAAACCCACCUCGUCGCCGUGCCCGGUCAGCUAGUAAAAGACUUCCUGAAGACCUACGAAACCAUUGCGCCAAUGGUAGUUCCGCGGUCCGCGCAGCUGGUCGCAUCGGACGGCGAGUUCACCUUGUAUGCCGUGACAACGUUCAAGAAGCACAGUGUGGAGUUUGUGCAUAAAUGCCGUGAGCAAAAGUGGAUUCCGCGCGACUUCAAGUAUGUCGAGGGCGGAAAGGAGGAAGAGCGCAAGGAAGUCGAGCGCGUUGGUGGUGACGAGCGUAAGCUUUGGGGUGAGACGCUGCGACUUGGUCGCACGGCAUGGAGCGAGGCUGUAAUGGUCUGGGUGCAUAUUCUGGUCCUCAGGGUGUUUGUGGAGACGGUACUGCGAUAUGGAUUGCCGUUAGAUUUCGUCUCUGCUUUGGUUCGGACACAAACUACCAAGCAAGCAGAUCGCGCAAAGCAAAAUCUCGAAAACAAAUACUCUUACCUGGCAGGCAAUGCCUUUGGACGAGACAAGAAGGGUCGUGUCCAGCGGGAUGACCCCAAUGAAAUGCAUACCGGCGGCGAGGGCGGCGCAGACUACACUCCAUAUGUGUUUUAUGAAUUCGAGUUCAACUAA